AUGGAUAGAUUUUUUGACCUAAACAACUUGAAAAACUGCACCUUUGAAAAGUAUCUUGAAGUCCUUAACCCUGAAACUCUUGGUGACUUCAAUGACGCCAAGGUGCAAUUCGACAACGAAUUAGAGAAACUUAUCUCCUCGGGUAUUUGGGGAAUCAGAAAAACCAUGUUUUCAGAGCAAAAGAAAAAUGAUAAUAUUAUUGUUAAAAAUUCAUUUAAUAAUAUCAUCGACAGUCCCUCUUCCAACAUUGUUCUAGGAUCUGCUCAUAGAAAAAUUAAAAUCUCUCCCUCUGCUGCACCCAUAGUAACUCGUACCAACGAUGAACCGCUUUACCAUGUGGAGUCUGAGCAGCAUAUCUGGAAUUUAUGUCUAGAAAAGAUUGGCAUUAUUCAAUGCGGAUAUACCGUGAAAAUGAGGUCCUGCCUUAUUCCCGAGCUAUAUCCAUUACUCGUGAUAAAGCCAAAUAUCGUCGAUCCCUGUGAGGGUUUGAAUGACAAAUUGGUUGACCUAUUUGAAUCUGAAUCUGUGAAGGAUUUCAAGUCUUGUUUAAAGACAUUUAAAAAGGAAAAUGCCGGAAGUGAAGAAGCAGCUUUCAUUUGCAAAAUUUUAAAAUUAGUCAUGAAAGUAGCAAUGGAUGAAAAAAAGUUGAAGCUAAUAAGCAAGAGGGAAUCAAAUCUUUGCUUUUAUCUGAUUUGGCCCUUGAUGAACUAUAUUAGUAGUCUUGUCUCGUUUGAGGUCGGUGAAUACAAGUUAAUGGCUAUUCAUAACGAAAUCGUUAGAAGAAACGAAGACACUUUAAAGGACCUCAGCUAUAAUGCAGAUGGUUGCCAUACUGUCACUAUUGGUAAUAAUUCCGUUGAAAUAUCGCUUCUUGAGAUUUCUGGAGGAUUUUUCGAGAAAAGUCAAGCUAGAUUUACAAAGGACCACAUCAAAGCUGGUUUUGGUGCUUUGGCCCUGUUACAAGAGAUUGGCCAUCUCUUUUCUUAUGGUAACAAGAUCCGUCUUUGGUCUCUUGAGCAUGUUUCACCUGGUGUCUGUAUUAUGGAUUUGAUCCAUACGGCAACAAUUCCAACCGUAGUUGAGGAUGCCGAGGCUGAUUUACGUGAACUUGUCAAAUUGUUAUGGACAUUUAGGACUCCUAGUCGAGUUUUAUCUGAAGAAGAACUGGCAGCCCUUGCAAAAGGCUUCCUUGAAUAUCGCAAAGCGAUACCAUGUCCUGAAUGCAAAAAAGUCACUACCUAUCACAGUAAGGGUGAUUCUCCUUCUAAAACGCACCACUACCAACCCUGUUACAAGUGUACCUUAUGCUCUCAUACUAUGCAUGCACCUGAAAUGCUUGAUAUCAUCACUGCUCCCUCAAGGAUGGUAGAAGAUAUAUCUAACAAUGUACCCCCAACAGCAACUCCAACCCCUACCAUUGUCGUCCCCGUAACCCAAUUCGACAAUAGGGCUACACCAGACGUACAAGCACUUUUUAAAAUGAUUACCCAACUAACCACCCAGCUUGCAGAACAACAAAAAGUAAUUGUGCAACUUACUGAAGAAAUCCGUCUCUCUAGAUCAGUUCCACUACAACUACCUCCUGCCGCCAUCCAACCUAGCACUGACGAGGAUGACUUUCCUACUCUUCCAGAUACACAAUUUUCCUCAGCUCCCUGUCACCAACCCGAAAGAGUCUUAGCUCUCAAAAAGAAUCUAGUCCAACACCAUGCGAAACGCGAAGCUGCUGCUGCUCGUUUCUUUCAAGCCCCUUCAGCUACUCAAGGUUUCCAAUACUUAUAUAUACCUACCAAGGCACGCGUUCCCCUCGGUAAGUUAAGAACUACUUUCAAGAAACUAGGAUUCAACAAUGGUCGUCUCCUAGAUUUACACUACCCUGACCGCAACAUUGUUGCAGUGCUCGUCCAUAAUGACUAUGCUCCUGAACUUCAAGAACUGUUAACUAAACGAGGCAUCAAACUCCAUACUAAUUUUGAUCCCUGUAAUGGAAGUGUACUCAAAGAUCCCAAAUAUGCCAAUGAAUCAACUGAACAACGUCAACAGGUUGCUCGUGAUCUUCAUAAUCAACGUCUCCAAAAAGCUCUUAUUCAUAUCCGUGGUCCGGCUAAAUAUGCUGUGGCACGUUUCUUUGCCCAUAAAACCUGGAUUACCAAAGACCAACUUGCUGACAUACUGACUACUGAUCCCUACUCCAGUCGCCCCCAAGAGGACAUCUUCGAGCUUGACGUUACUGCUUCUGAAUCUUCUAAAUUUCACGCAAGUGCGAUGGAUGAAGAUGAUGUGAACUCAACCCAUACUAAUUUGAACCAAUAA